AGCGCGCCGAUGCCGGGCAAAUGCGAACAGCGUUGGGGUGUUUACUGUCAUAUUUACCCUUUUUGAGAAAAUGAUCCUAAAUUUAUGUUAGUUGUGGAAACAGAAGUGAGGAGACUGUUGUGCGAGUGUUUUUCAGUGCCGUAACCAUGGCGACGGCCACUAAAACCCCCCCAGGUGCAGAUCCCAAGCAGCUGGAGCGCACAGGUACCGUCCGAGAGAUCGGAUCGCAAGCCGUGUGGUCGCUGUCCUCGUGCAAGCCAGGGUUUGGAGUCGACCAGUUGAGGGAUGAUAAUCUGGAGACGUACUGGCAGUCCGAUGGCUCUCAGCCACAUCUAGUGAACAUUCAGUUCAGGAGAAAAACAACGGUGAAAAUGCUGUGUAUUUAUGCCGAUUAUAAAUCGGAUGAGAGCUACACUCCCAGCAAGAUCUCGGUCAGAGUGGGAAACAACUUCCACAACCUGCAGGAGAUCCGGCAGUUGGAGAUGGUGGAGCCGAGUGGUUGGAUUCACAUCCCUCUGUUGGACCUGGUGAACAAUCCCAUCAGGACCUUCAUGAUCCAGAUCGCCGUGUUGGCCAACCACCAGAACGGACGGGACACGCACAUGCGGCAGAUCAAAGUCUACACGCCCGUGGAGGAGAGCUCCAUCGGCAAAUUCCCACGAUGCACCACUGUAGACUUCAUGAUGUACCGUACCAUCAGGUGACCCGAGCUUCUGCUCAAAUGGAUGGACUGAGGUGCCUUCUCGUAAGACUGUUCUAGAAUUAAAUGGUUUCAGAUGUUUUAAAAUGUGUUUUGUAAAGAGAACAGUUCAAAGUUUAUGUAAAUGCAAAUCUACA